AAAUCGACACUAUUUACUGUUUUGUUUCUGUUGUUUCCAGUCUUCAGUCUUUCAACAUGAAGCAAUUAUCUCUCAUGAAUUCGAUUCUCCCUCGAAUCUUUGAUAAUGUUUAAAACCGUGUCUUUUUUUCUGCCUUGUUCAUUUAUCACAUCAUCUAGAGUCAUUUCUUAAUUUUGUUUCAUCAUCUGCCUUCCAUUGAUACAUGUUUAUUUAACACAACAUAUCUUCGCAGUGUCAAAUUAUUCAUCUUUUGUACUCUUCAUUCCUAUUGAUAUUCAAAAAUGAUACCUUCACAAGAACACAAUUUCACUUUUUAUGAUUAUGGAAUUUUUAUACUUAUGCUUCUGUCAUCAGCCGGAAUUGGUGUCUACUAUGCCUUUGAGGAUCGUAAAAAUAAAUCAUCUAAAGAAUUUUUAACCGCCAAUCGAUCUCUCCACUGGUUUCCAGUAGCCAUGUCUCUAAUGGCAAGCUUCCAAAGCGCCGUAACUAUUCUAGGUUACCCGGCGGAAAUGUAUUUUCAAGGCACCCAAUUUUGGCUUGUAACUAUUUCUGCUUGUCUAGCCGCUGUUGCUGCUGCAGAACUUUUUCUACCUGUUUAUUACGGAUUAACAUUCACCAGUGUCAAUAAGUUUCUUAGUUAUAGAUUCCACUCAGAAAAGGUACGUCUAGCUUCGUCCAUCGCUUUCUUGUUUGGAACCGUGCCUUACAUGGGAGUCGUACUUUAUGGUCCAUCAUUAGCAUUAGCAUCAGUGACACCGCUCUCAACGCAAGCAUCAAUUUUAGUCAUUGGCAUAAUAUGUACAUUUUACACAUCAAUUGGAGGAAUCCGUGCUGUUGUUUGGACCGACACGUUACAAGUUUUUCUCAUGUUUGCUGGACUUCUCUGUGUAAUGUUUCGAGGUUUUUACUUGGUUGGCGGAGUUUCGGAAGCAUUCAGAAUUGCCGGUGAACGAGGGCGACUUGAAUUUACCAAUUUUUCAAUCGAUCCAUGGGCAACAAAUAACUUUUGGAAUGCUGUUCUUGGUAUGGCCAUCAUGUGGAUCGGUAAUUACUGUACAACUCAAACUGAAGUUCAACGUUAUUGUAAUGUCGAUAGUAAAAAGAAAGCUAAAUUAUCAAUUUAUGUAAAUCUGAUUGGAGUUGUUUCAAUAAUAAGUGUAGCCUGUUUAAGUGGAAUUGCCAUUUUUGCUUAUUACGCUGAUUGUGAUCCAAUUAAAGCUGGAAUCAUUACGCAAAAAGAUCAGCUCGUUCCAUAUUUUGUCAUGGAAACACUUUCUCAAUUCCCUGGAAUCCCUGGUUUAUUUGUUUCUGGAGUAUUCAGUGCAUCCCUUAGCACAUUAUCUUCUGGUUUCAAUGCUUUAUCAGCUGUAACAUGGGAUGAUUUCCUUAAGCAAACUAGAUGUGGAAAAAUGAGCGAGAAAAAAAUCAAAAUGAUUAACAAAUUAACUGCUGCCUUCUAUGGUAUCUUAACCAUUUUUAUGGCCUUUAUCGCCGGCAAAAUUGGAUCUGUUCUUCAAGCUGCUAUUUCACUUGCUGGCUGUCUUGUUGGUCCUCUACUGGGUAUUUACAUCAUGGCUAUUUUUGUACCUUUUGCCAAUGUUAGAGGUGUAUUAUCUGGUCUCUUUUGUGGAAUCGGUUUCAGUACUUUUGUUCUUAUUGGUUCCAUGAUUUAUCCUAAAAUCGAGGUUGACAAAGCAACCUCAAUCUCUAGUUGUCUCAAUGUUGCUGCCAAUGCAACGAUGCCCAUAAAUACAACAGUACAUUAUGAAACAACUGGAAUCUUGAAAUUAUUUCACAUCGCAUUCCUGUUAGUUCCUGUUUUAGGUUUUGUAAUUUGUUUAUUAGUAUCCCUAAUUGUUAGUCUAUUAACAGGGGGAAUCAAGAAAAUUCCAAAUAUUGACACUAGUGCAAUGAGUAAAUUGAUAUGGCAUAUUUGGCCCAAAUCGAUGUUACCAGCUAAAGCUCCUGUUGUCCAGAUGACAAGCAUAAACAUGGAUAAGGAGCAACGUAAUGGGUCAUUUAAAGCCUAAAUCGAUUAAAUUAAUUGUACUUUUCAAAUUAUCAUCUUUUUUAUAUAAUACUAUGAUAUCAUUUUAUUAAUAGUAUAUUUGUAUUGAGAUUUGUCUUUUUAAUCUCUAAUAAAAUAUUUUAAUACAA